AUGGCGAUCUCGAGUGCACGGGUUGGGGUCUUCGGUGAUAAAAAGGGAGAUGAAUUCUGGCACAUGACUAAAGUUCUAAGAUUAAGAACUGACGACAGAGUAGUGCUCUUCAAUGGGAGAGGAGGUCUAGCAGAAGGGUUCAUACAAAACAUAGACAGUACGGCGAUUAAUUUUGUGGCUUUGGAAGAUCCAAAGCUUGUUAUUCCACAGACCCCACAAUGGCAUAUAUUUUCUGCUUUUGGUUCACUCAAGGGUGGUCGAGCUGACUGGCUUGUUGAGAAGUGUAUUGAACUGGGAGCUAGUAGUGUAAUACAUUUGCUCACUGAACGUUCUUCUACCCUCUCUGACAAUCGGGUGGAGAGAUUACAGCGUGUCAUUUUAGCUGCAGCUAAACAAUGCCAACGGUUGCAUGAAAUGAAAUUGAAUCAUCCUAUGAAGAUUAAUAAGCUUAUACCUCUUGUUGCCAAGUCAAAGCAGUCUUUUAUAGCCAUUGCAGAAGCUACUCCACUUGUUAGUGCAUUGACUUCAACAACUAAAGAACCUAAUGGACUGAUAAUAGUUGGACCAGAAGGGGACUUUACAGAGAAAGAGGUGAAUUUGAUUACAGAAGCAGGUGCUACAGCUGUCGGUCUUGGCCCUCAUCGUUUGCGUGUUGAAACUGCAACUAUAGCUAUUUUAGCAACUCUUACUCUAUGGUCCGACUCUCAGCAAACCACCAAUUCUGACGCCAGACAGAAUAGUUCCUCUUAA